AUGGUGUUUUCGCCGGAUUCGAAUUCAAUGGACUGUCUUCACAAGGUCUGGCGGAUACAACCAAGACCGAAAUCGUUGAACAGUCGUGAUACAGGCACCAAAACCAUGGAUGAGCUCCAGUUUGACUUCUCCAAUGAUGCGCUUACAGUCAUCAUUGACAUAGACUUCAGAGAUGACUGGCAUUUUCCCACCGUCCCAGGAACCUGGCGACGUUUGACAAUGAAUUUAUUCGGGAAUUCCUUAAAGUAUACAAGUGAUGGCUAUAUCAAGGUCAAGCUCGAAGCUCGAAGCAUACCUUCUGUGAAUCCAAGUGUGAAUAGCGACAGCUUCGACAGAACCAUGAUUACGAUGACGGUAUCAGACUCUGGACAGGGGAUGUCAAGUGAAUUCAUGAAGACGAAACUGUUCAUGCCUUUCACACAGGUUUGA